CUCUUGUAAAUGUGAAACUCUGGGCCAUCGAUCGACAAUGUUUCCAAACAAUAAUGAUGAGGACGGGACUCAUCAAGCAUACCGAGUAUAUGGAAUUCUUAAAAAGUGUUCCAACAUUCCAGAGCCUUCCUGAUGAGAUCCUCAGCAAGCUGGCUGAUGUCCUCGAAGAGACCCACUACGAAAAUGGAGAAUACAUCAUCAGGCAGGGUGCAAGAGGAGACACCUUCUUUAUCAUCAGUAAAGGAAAGGUCAACGUGACUCGAGAAGACUCACCUAGUGAAGACCCAGUCUUUCUUAGAACUUUAGGGAAGGGAGACUGGUUUGGAGAGAAAGCCUUGCAGGGGGAGGAUGUGCGAACAGCAAACGUAAUUGCCGCAGAGGCCGUCACCUGCCUCGUGAUUGACAGAGACUCUUUCAAGCAUUUGAUUGGAGGACUGGACGAUGUUUCUAACAAAGCAUAUGAGGAUGCAGAAGCGAAAGCAAAAUAUGAAGCCGAAGCCGCCUUCUUCGCCAACCUGAAGCUGUCUGAUUUCAACAUCAUCGACACCCUUGGAGUUGGAGGCUUCGGACGAGUAGAGCUGGUCCAGUUGAAGAGUGAAGAAUCCAAAACAUUUGCGAUGAAGAUUCUCAAGAAACGGCACAUUGUGGACACAAGGCAGCAGGAGCACAUCCGCUCCGAGAAGCAGAUCAUGCAGGGAGCUCACUCUGACUUCAUAGUGAGGCUAUACAGGACAUUUAAAGACAGCAAGUACUUGUAUAUGUUGAUGGAAGCUUGCCUCGGUGGAGAACUCUGGACCAUUCUCAGGGAUAGGGGUUCGUUUGAAGAUUCGACAACCAGAUUUUACACAGCAUGUGUGGUAGAAGCAUUUGCCUAUCUGCAUUCCAAAGGAAUCAUCUACAGGGACCUCAAGCCAGAAAAUCUCAUCCUAGAUCACAGAGGCUAUGCCAAACUGGUUGACUUUGGCUUUGCAAAGAAAAUAGGAUUUGGAAAGAAAACAUGGACAUUUUGUGGGACUCCAGAAUACGUGGCCCCAGAGAUCAUCCUGAACAAAGGCCAUGACAUUUCAGCUGACUACUGGUCACUAGGAAUUCUAAUGUAUGAGCUUCUGACUGGCAGCCCACCUUUCUCAGGCCCAGAUCCUAUGAAAACCUAUAACAUCAUACUGCGCGGGAUUGACAUGAUAGAGUUUCCAAAGAAGAUUGCAAAAAAUGCUGCUAAUUUAAUUAAAAAACUAUGCAGGGACAACCCAUCAGAAAGGUUAGGAAAUUUGAAAAACGGAGUGAAAGACAUUCAAAAACACAAGUGGUUUGAAGGCUUUAAUUGGGAAGGCUUAAGAAAAGGCACCUUGACACCUCCCAUAAUCCCAAGUGUUGCAUCACCCACAGACACAAGCAAUUUCGACAGUUUCCCUGAGGACAGCGAUGAGCCACCUCCUGAUGACAACUCAGGCUGGGACAUAGACUUCUAAUGUAUUUCUCUUACCUGCUUCUGCCUUGCUGAAGACAGCUUUUUCUGAGACACAGCUGCCAGCAAACCUGAGGGAAAGAGAGAAGAUUAGUGCUCGGGGUCACCAUGAUGCCUUUGAUCGAUGCUGCUCCAGUAACUACAGUGGCAUUAGGACUUAUUGCUUAGAUUACGAUAGUGCUCUUUACAUGUUUUAUGUUUGAACCUACAAUAGCAGUUGACAUGGUGGUCCUGAAGCAAAGCCUUUCGCCAGUAAAGUGAUGUUUUCUAUUGUUGCGAUGACCUUGCUUUGCCCUGAUUAUAUUUUGAAAGAGUGUAGAAACACUUCAGUCUAGUAGAGGAGUCUGUAUCUUGCUAGAAUUACCAAGAAGAAUAGAAAAUAAUAUAUUUGGUACGAUAGAUGGCUGUGGUACAGAACCCGGGCUAUUCCCUUUCAUCAAGCAGAGGGUGUGGCGCCUAUGUCUGCUAGUCGGUAUGUAUAUCGUACAAAGAGGACCACACAUCUGUGGGUCACUGAGUUCAUGUCAAACCAGUGCUAGAAGUCCCUGAGUUUCUUUCCGAGCUGAUGACGAGACUGAAUGUUACCUUUUCUUUCUGAUAGAUUCCAAAAAUUGGUCUGACGAAAAAAGCACAACUGCUAUGGUUUCCAUACAAGCCCCCCCCCCCCCGCCCCUGUGGCAGGUACAUAGUACAUUUUUAGAGGAUGGAAAAUGUACGUGGAAAUUGAGAAAUUGACAUGACAAAAUGGAGGGGGGGAAAAGGAAUUCACAACACCAUUUCAUGUCUUUUUAGAAAAAAAGUAUAUUGUGCUUAAAGAUGGUCCUGGAAAUGACUAGCAGCCAAUUGGUUUUCUUUAUUACCUAACACCCUCAAACUGAGGCUUAAACGAUUCCCUUUUGUAAGAAUAAACCAACCCUUGGGGGAAGGGGUGGGAUG